AUGAGUGCACAUGGAGAAGAAGGAGCAGUUCUUUUGUUCGAGACCAAAGAAGCAAAAGGGAGAACUGCUUUUAAACUAUUUUCUUUAACGAUAUUUCUGGGUAUCGUUUCAAUCUGGGGAUACAGAUUAAUUUGUAUUCCUAGAACAGGAAGAUAUGCAUGGAUUGGGAUGUUCAUUUCUGAGUUAAUGUUUGGUAUAUACUGGAUAUUUACUCAGUCUGCUCGAUGGAACGUUGUUUUUCGCCAUCCCUUCAAGCACAGGCUCUCCCUCAGAUACGAGGACAAGUUGCCAAGGGUCGACAUCUUCGUUUGCACGGCUGAUCCAAUUUUAGAGCCACCAUCAUUGGUAAUCAGCACAGUUUUAUCAGUCAUGUCGUACAAUUAUCCACCCGAAAAGCUGAGUGUUUACCUCUCAGAUGACGGUGGUUCAGAACUCACAUUCUAUGCUCUAUUGGAGGCCUCUAAGUUUUCGAAAUGUUGGAUACCUUUCUGCAAGAAAUUUAAUGUGGAACCGAGGUCUCCUCAAGCCUAUUUUGCUCGAAAUAUUGAUAUAAACCAUCCAGAGUUCGCGCACGAAUUUUGUAAUAUCAAGACAUUAUAUGAAGAUAUGAAGAGAAGAAUAGAUUUGGCGGUGGAGAAGGGUUGCAUUUCGAAUGACAUAAAGGAUCAACACAAAGGAUUCUUAGAGUGGAACUCUAAGGUCACAAAGAAGGAUCAUCAAUCCAUUGUUCAGAUUAUAAUAGAUGGAUGGAACCCUAAUGCAGUUGAUGUCGAAGGGAACAAAUUGCCAACACUGGUAUACUUAUCCAGAGAAAAAAGACCGGGAUGGGCACACAACUUCAAGGCUGGAUCCAUGAAUGCAUUGAUACGAGUGUCGUCAAAGAUCACUAAUGCACCAAUCAUCCUUAAUUUGGAUUGUGAUAUGUAUGCUAAUGAUCCGGAUACAAUAAGAGAUGCACUGUGCUUCUUCAUGGAUGAAGAGAAAGGACAUCAGACAUCCUAUGUGCAAUAUCCGCAACGCUAUGAUAAUAUAACCAAGAAUGAUAUUUAUUCCAAUGUAGCAUUUGCAGUAAAUAAGAUCGAGCUUGCUGGUAUAGAUGGUUUUGGUGGAACUCUAUACUGUGGCACUGGAUGUUUCCAUAGGAGAGAAAGUCUCUGUGGAAAUAAUUAUUCCAAGGAUCACAUAUUGGAAUUGCACAAUGUGAAAUCUAACACAAAGGAUAAAACAGUUCAAAAAUUGGAGGAAGAGUGUAAACCUCUAGCAAAUUGCAACUAUGAGAAGGAUACUCAAUGGGGAAAAGAGAUGGGACUGGUGUACGGGUGCCCCGUGGAGGAUAUAGUGACAGGCUUAACAAUCCAAUGUAGAGGAUGGAAACCGGUUUUUUACAAUCCAACGAAACAUGCCUUCCUAGGCAUUGCUCCAACGACGUUAGACGUCGCUCUCAUUCAGUUCAAGAGAUGGUCUGAAGGCUUGUUUCAGAUUUUCUUUUCCAAGUACUGCCCCUUCAUAUAUGGGCAUGGGAAAAUAAACUUGGGUGCCCAAAUGGGAUACUGUGUCUAUCUUUUAUGGGCUCCGAUUUCGUUGCCUACGAUGUAUUAUGUGGUGAUUCCUGCACUUGGCUUGCUCCAUAAUGUGCCCUUAUUCCCAGAGGUAUCUAGUUUAUGGUUCCUACCAUUUGCAUAUGUGUUUGCUGCAAAAACGAUUUACAGCCUAGUCGAAAGCCUGAUUUGUGGUGAUACGUUGAAGGGAUGGUGGAACUUGCAAAGAAUGUGGAUUAUUAGGAGGACAACUUCUUACCUUUUCGCCUUCAUAGAUACAAUUAUUUGGCAACUAGGCUUCUCGCAGACAUCAUUUUCCAUCACUGGAAAGGUGGUUGAUGAUGAUGUGCUAAAGAGGUAUCAGCAUGAAAUCAUGGAGUUCGGAACUUCGUCUAUAAUGUUUGCCAUUAUAGCAACAAUCGCAGUGUUAAAUCUUUUCUGCUUGGGAUGGGGAAUCAAGAAUGUUGUUUUUGGUACAACAUUGAUGGAUUUAGAAAAGUUCAUUCCACAAAUGACUAUUUCUGGGUUGCUGGUCUUGCUUAAUUUACCGGUUUACCAAGCCUUCUUUCGCAAUGACAACGGAUGCCUACCUUCCUCGAUCGUGUUCAAGUCCAUUUUCGUAGCAUCACUUGCAUGUUUGAUGCCUAUUUACUGA